AAAGUCGUGGUUUCUCUCGUUGUUGGUUUUCUCUCAACUUGGUGACUGUUGGUGACCAGAGAAAUUAAACCAACCAUUUUUCAUUCAUAAAUAAAAAAAAAUUACACAUAUAUCAUAAUAAUAAUAAUAAAUCAUUAAUGCAUUUGGCAAUUGUGAGAUUAAAAAAUAAAAAAAUCUUAUCUAGUUUUUGAGUUAAUCUGUGAUUUUUUAAUAAUUUAUUUACAGGAUUAUAGCAGUAAACUGGCGACGUAAUAAGCAUUCGUUGCUCCACCGGACUUCUCAAAUACGGUAGAUUCUACUGUAAAGACAAAGACUCGGCUCGACCCCAGGUUUAUUUCUCAAUUGACAAGUAAUAGGAAAAAAAAAAACUAGGAAAAAAGGAAAAAAAUAAAAUUAAAAAAUGGAGGAAGAGCAGCAGCAGCAGCAGCAAUUAUCAAUGGAAGAAGGAACUGCAUAUGAACCACCAACAUAUGACAAAACAUUUCCUGAAUUGCCUGGUUCAACAGCAUCAUCAACACCACCACGUCCAUUUCAACCACAAAAUACACCAAUGAGAGUUGGUUCAACAAUGGUUACACAUGUAUUUCAUGUACCAGCUGAAGAAUUAAAUUCCGAACGUAAUAAUAAAUUUGGUGGUGGUGAAUCAAUGCGUACGUGUCAGUCAAUAAUGAAAGAGACACAUGCACAUAUUGAAAUAUCAGAAUCUAAAAAUCAAAGUUUAACAUUUUUAUUAACUGGAAAACAAAAUGAAGUAUUGGAAGCACGUCGUAGAAUAUUAUCAACAUUUCAAACACAAGCUAAAAAAGAUAUAACAAUACCAAAAGAACAUCAUCGUUGGAUACUUGGUAAACAACGUUUACGUUUAAAUGAACUUGAAAAAAAUACAGCAACAAAAAUAAUUGUACCAUCAUUUGAUUCACAAAGUAAUAUUAUAACAAUAAAUGGUACAAAAGAAGGUAUUGAACGUGCUGAACAUGAAAUUAAAGUAAUAUCAGAUGAACAAUCAAGAAAAGCAUUUGAACGUAUUAAUGUACCAAAAAUAUAUCAUCCAUUUAUACGUGGUGCAUAUGAUGAAAAUUUAACUAAAAUGAUAAAUGAUACUGGUGCUAGAAUAAAUAUACCACCACCAAGUGUACAAAAUGAUGAAAUAACAGUUGCUGGUGAAAAAGAUGGUGUAUUAACAGCUAAAAAAAUAAUUGAAGAUAUAUAUUGUGAUAUGGAAAAACGUUGUGCAUCAGUAUCAGUUGAAGUACCAAAAUCACAACAUAAAUAUGUUAUUGGUCAUCGUAAUUCAACAAUAUCAGAAAUAUUACAAUUAACUGGUGUAUCUGUUGAAAUGCCAAGUAGUGAUUCAACAACUGGUACAAUAACAUUACGUGGACCACAAGAUAAACUUGGUCAAGCACUUGAUAAAGUAUAUGAAAAAGCAAAUAGUGUUAAAACAGCAUCAAUUGAAGCACCAUCAUGGGUACAUAAAUAUAUUAUUGGACGUAAAGGUAUUAAUAUUAAAAAAAUAACUCAAGAUUUGCCAAAGGUUAAUAUUGAUUUUACAGUUAAUGUUGAUAAAAUUAAAAUUGAAGGACCACCACAAGAUGUUGAAAAAGCUAAAGAACAACUUGAAAAUGUUGCACAUGAUUUAAUUAAUAAAUUAACAUUUGUUGAACUUAGAGUUGAUCCACGUUUUUAUAAACAUAUUAUUGGUAAAAAUGGUGCAAAUGUUAAUCGUUUAAAAGAAGAAACAAAUGUUGUUAUUAAUUUUUUUGAUAAUGAUGGACAAAAUGUUAUUAGAAUUGAGGGUAAUCAAGCUGGUGUUUAUGAAGCUGAAUUAAAAUUAAUGGAUAUGGUUAAUAAAUUAGAAAAUGAAAAAGAAAAAGAUAUUAUUAUUGAUCAUCGUCAUUUUGCAUCAAUAAUUGGUAGUAAAGGUAUGAAUAUUGGUAAAAUACGUGAUAAAUUUAAUUACGUACAAAUAACAAUACCAGGACCAGAUGAUAAUGCUGAUAUUGUUAAAAUACGUGGACCAAAAUUAGAUGUUGAUCAAUGUCAUAAAUAUUUAAUGAAUCUUGUUAAACAACUUGAUGAAGCAUCAUAUUCAAUACAAAUUCCAAUAUUAAAACAAUUUCAUAAAUUUGUCAUUGGACGUGGUGGUAAUAAUUUACGUAAAAUACGUGAUGAAACAGAUACAAGAAUUGAUUUUCCAUCAGAAGGUGAUGCUGAUGAAGUUAUAACAAUAACUGGUAAAAAAGAAAAUGUUACACUUGCACGUGAUAUGAUACAAAAAAUUCAAAAUGAGCUAUCAAAUACAAUUGCUGAAGAAGUACAAAUAUCACCAAAAUAUUAUAAUUCAUUAAUUGGUACUGGUGGUAAAUUAAUACAUUCAAUUAUGGAAAAUUGUGGUAGUGUUAUUAUUAAAUUUCCACCAGCUGAUUCAAAUAGUGAUAAAGUUAUGAUACGUGGUACAAAAGAUGAUGUUGAAAAAGCUAAAAUACAAUUACUUGAUCAAAUACAUGAACGUGAAGUAUCUAGUUUUACUGAUACAAUUAGAGCUAAAACAGAACAUCAUAAAAUUAUUAUUGGUAGACAAGGUGUUAAUAUUAAAAAAAUACGUGAAUUAACUGGUGCACGUAUUAUAUUUCCAAAUGAAAAAGAUAAUGAUAAAGAAUUAAUAACAAUUAUUGGUAAAAAAGAUUCUGUUGAAAUGGCUAAAAAACAAUUAGAAGAUACAAUUAAAGAAAUUGAUAAUCAUAUUGAAGAUGAUAUUAUUAUUGAUCAAAAACAUCAUCGUCAUUUUGUUGCUAAAAGAGGUGCAUUAUUAAAUAAAAUAAGUGAAGAUUGUGGUGGUGUACAAAUAUCAUUUCCACGUGCUGGUAUUGAUUCAUCACGUGUUACAAUAAAAGGUACACGUGAUGCUAUUGAUGCUGCUAAACAAAAACUCAUUGAUAUUGUUAAUGAUUUAGAAAGUCAAAUAACUAUUGAAUGUGUUAUGCCACAAAUAUAUCAUCGUACUGUUAUGGGUUCAAGAGGUUCAAAAGUACAAACAAUAACAUCUAUGUUUGAUGUACAAAUUAAAUUUCCAGAACGUGAUACAACAGGCAAUGAUGAUUCAAAUCAUAAUCAACAUCAACAACCACAACAAGAAGAUGAACAACAACAACAACAACAAGAGACUAAUGGAGAAAAUGAAAAUGGUGAAAUAAAAGAAACACCAGCAUCAGAUAUUAUUUAUAUAACUGGUAAACCAGAAAAUGCUGAAAAAGCUAAACAAGCCUUACUUGAUUUAGUACCAAUAACUGAAGAAUUAUCAGUACCAUUUGAUUUACAUCGUUUAAUUAUUGGUAAAUCUGGUAAAGAUGUUAAAUCAUUAAUGUCAAGAUAUGAUGUACAUAUAUUUUUAUCACCAGCUGAAGAAAAACUUGAUUACAUUAAAAUAUGUGGUCCACCAUCAAAUGUUAAAGAAGCUAAAGAAGCUAUACUUGAACGUGUUGAUGAUCUUGAGGCAAAACGUAUUGAACGUGAAUUAAAAUCAUUUGAAUUAAAAUUCACAAUUGAUCCAGAAUAUCAUCCAAAAAUAAUUGGACGUGGUGGUGCUGUUAUUAAAAAAAUACGUACUGAUCAUGAUGUACAAAUUAAUUUUCCACGUAUUGGUGAUAAUGAUGAAAAUACAAUAACAAUUAUUGGCUUUGAAAAAAAUGCAAAUGAUGCUAAAGAUGAAAUUAUGAAAAUUGUUAAUGAACUCAAUGAUUUAUGUAAAGAAGAAGUACAAAUUGAUUCAGCAGUACAUUCACGUUUAAUUGGUGCAAGAGGUAAAAAUAUACGUAGAAUAAUGGAUACAUAUAAAGUUGAAAUUAAAUUUCCACGUAAAACUGAUGCUGAUUUGGAUCUUGUUACAAUUAUUGGUGCUGAAGAUAAUGUUUUAGAUGCUAAAGAUCAUUUAUUAAAUUUAGAACAAGAAUAUCGUCAAGAUUUGGAUGACAGAUCAUCACGUUCAUCAAGAAUGAGCAGAAGUGGAAAAAGAGAUUCAGAUAAUUCACUUCUUGGUGGUAAUGGUGGUGGUAGUAGUAAUGGUGCUGAUAAUGACAAUGGUUUUGUCGUUAAAGGUGGACCCUGGGAACAUGACAAGCCAAAAAUUGCACCAGACACAGCAAGUGUUGCUGAUUUUCCAACAUUUGUUGGGCAUGAUUCAAAUCAGAUGCCAAUGACUGCACCUGAAGGCCCAUGGGGAAGACGUUAAAAUUAUCUUUUAACACAUAACACACUCUCUCACAUACACACACACACACACACAAACACAACACACAAGAAAUAAAGAAAAAAGAAAAAAAAAAAAAAAGGUAACGUUCCUCUAACAAUAAAAUUGUUUGAGAACAAUAAUAUUAUUUGAAAGAAAAAGUUGAUUUUUCUUUCAAAUGUGAAUCUAUUGCUGAUGCUGCUGCAAAUUUGAAAAUACGACCCUGGCUUAUCUCACUGGACACUCAUUUAACAUAUUUAAAAUAAUUAAUAUCUAAAAAUAAAAAUCUGGAUGUAUAAAAUAUGAAAGAAAAAAAAAAAACAAUUAAUCCGAUUUUUAAAUGUUAAAUAACAAUUUAUUUAUUUAUUUAUUUAAUUGUUAUUUAACUAUUGUUUAUAGUAAAUUUUUUUUUUUUUUUUUAUGUUCCAUGUAUCUGUAACUGCAAUGCAUUCCAGAAAUACUCGAAAUGUCAAAUCGAUUUUUAUUUAAUUUUUUAGUGACGGUUAAGAAAAUGAGAAUACAUUUUUUUUUUUUUUUUUUAAUUGUAAUUAUGUGUUGCUCUAUAUAUACCUAAAUAUAUAUUUUUUUUUUUUUGUCAUUUUAUUUUUGUGUUUUUUUUUUUUUGUUAAAUAAAUCAUGCCUUCCAGAUACAGAUAUAUUGUACUUAAGAUUUCAAAUAAGAAUUGAAUUGUUUUUGUGCAAUUUGUGCUAAUUAAAUUUCUAUUUUUUCAUAUCAC